UGAUCACGUCAUAAUAACGAGACGACGAUCAAGGCCCAAACAAACCUUCGACAAAUGUCGUCGUUAACCAUAAAUGGCUUCUAUAUGGGUUAAUGUGGGAUUUUAAGUGACAAUGAUUUCAGUGUGCUAUAUUCUGUUGUGCGGACAGUUCCUGCUGCUGCUGACAGUGAUACUUUUACAGUGUCUAGAAGGAAUUCACUCCCAAAACUCGUCGACAACGGAGACUCCUGCUGCUUCUCCUCGCCAGGGAGCUACCACCUUCUCGUUCAGCGAGCAGACGCCCGAGGUUAUGAAAUACGAUAUACCGGUGGAAAAUCCGAAUGAUACAGAGAGAUAUGAGUAUAAACCCCCGUCACCAGUCGUGCUCUGCAGCUAUCUACCGGAGGAGUUCAUCUAUUGUCAAGACCCUGUGGAUCAUGCAGGCAACCUCAGUGCCUUUCAGGAGAUGGGCCAUGGUUGUUUCGGGUGGGGUGGGCAGACUCACAGGGAAGUGAACCACACUCCUGUUAUGUGCACUGCACUCGAUGAUAUAGAGUGUGCCGGAUCCAGAGAAUUCCUCAGAGGAAACGUACCCUGCAUCAAAUACACUGGGCACUAUUUCAUCACCACACUGCUGUAUUCCUUCUUCCUGGGUUGUUUCGGGGUCGAUCGUUUCUGCCUGGGCCACACCGGCACUGCUGUCGGGAAGCUGCUCACCCUGGGAGGCCUGGGAAUCUGGUGGUUUGUGGACUUGAUCCUGCUCAUCACUGGUGGCCUGAUGCCCAGCGAUUCCAGCAACUGGUGUACCUACUACUGAGACCACCAGCAAAGUGUGACCCAGGACUUUGGCAACUUCUCAGUUAGGUAUUAUAAGUCAAAAUACUGAGAACUCCAGGGAUGUGGCCUCAGCCUGCUUUGUUAUGAAUCUGGGGACUGGCUUGUACUAAGAGGAGUUACAGCUCUGCUGUGCAAAGUGGAGUCCAAAAGGACCUCCUCAGGACUUCUGCAGGGAUCCUAGGGGCUCCUGAGAAAAAUGAGGAACAGUAUGAUUUCAUUGUAAUUUAAGUUACUUAAUUAUUCAGAAGAAAUACUAUGGUAUUCACAGCUUUCACCAGAACGACAGUGAUGUCAGUUCUUUUUGUACUAAACUGUCAACUAAGGUCACUUUCACGCCUGUUUGGUUCAUUUGGCCCAGACCACAGAAAAAAAAAAAGAUAUAUUGUUGCCCUUAGUUCUGGUCUGUUUGGUUUCUUCACACUGAUUUAUUACAAACAAACCAACGCAUCAACAGAAGUCAUAACGACUGACAGGAAACUUACUGAGCGGGCCGUAUUGAUGAAUGUCAUCCUGCGUCAUCGUUGCUACACUGACCCACAUGGGAAAAUGUAAUUCCGAAAAAUGACAGCACAUUUUAUGUUUGUAUUUACUGUGCGGCCGCUAUGUUUCACUCGCUCUCCAAUGAGGAGCUGCCAAAAUACACAGAGUAGGACACAAGCAAAAUUCAACUCUCCUUCAGCUAGUUUAUAACGCACUCAUGAGAAAUGAUUUACACAAAUAUACUCAUUACUUAGAAGAACUCUUUCUUGACAGAUCACGAUCAGUUGAUGGACUUAAUAGUAUUAGAUUUGGAAUUCAUGCCAAAUCACAUAUCUUCCAUUAUAAAAUCCAUAUUCAUAAAACCACAAACUAACUGCACCUGAGUUUGCCAGGAAACUGGCUUUGACCGCCUGAAAGGGAGGCUCUCAUCCAGUUGUUCAGUCGGCACUAGGGAGCACCUAAUCUGUUAGGUUAGGUUGAACAAAUUCUAGUGCGUUUGCCCGUAUGGUUUGGUUUGUUUAGGCUGGUGUGUACUAAGCAAAUGGACUGAGGUCCGCUUGUGAUUGGAAUCCGGUGUAGUAUGAAAGCCGGACAGCCAACCACAGGAUUCAGUGAUAGUAGAUACAGUAUGUGAUUUUAGCAGGAAUUCCCACUAUUAAAUCUAUUGUCUGAUUGUCAACUGUCAUGAAGUUAAUCUGUAUACGCAGUGUAUAUGUAAUACAAGAUCAUUUCUUCAUUUAAAAGUGAGUGAAAUAAGUGAAACAUAACAGCUACACAGUAGCUCUCCCUCCAUAAUAACGUGUUGCUCCUUUUCUACUUGUUCUUCACUAUUUAAGAUAGAAAAGCUCAACUUAAUGUAUACUAGUAAAACUCAUAAUCAGUUCUUUCUGUAUGAGCUGCGUGACACCAAAGAACAUGAAUAAACACAGAUGGUGGAGGAAAGUGCAGCCUGAAUUGCUGUCAGUUUGCUGACAGUUUGCUGUCAGCUGAUGAUGCAGGAUGACAACUGUCCAAUCAGUAAGUUACCUGUCAGUCCGUAUGACUUCAUGUUUACUUCUCUUGCUUUAUUUGUAAUAAAUAAGUGUGAAAAACACCUAGACCAGAACUUAAAAGACAACAAUGUACAUUUAUUUUUUCUUGGUUCAGACCCAAUGAACCGAAGUACAGGUGUGGAACGAAAACAAUAAUCUUACAGGACGUUGUUACAGUGUCAAGUGGAGCACAUUCGGGUCUGUGGUCUGUAGUUUGGGAAUAAGUCACAUCCUGGGGGGUUUUUAGGUUUGAUGAAUGAUAGAAAAUACAAUUCAGUCUUAAUGCACCACAUUUUCUUUUGCUACAGAAAACUUCAGCACUUCUUAUUUCACAUUGUUCACACACUGUAAAGUGAUACGACCUGGUUGACGGUCAGUUCGCAUACGUGAUUUGUAUAUUGACCAAGAAUCCUCCAUUCCAGUUAAACUCUGAGCAGUGAUCUGAGAACUAUUCUGUCAUUUCCUGAGGGCAAUAUCUUACACUCAGUUAUCAUCACAUCUUUCCUUCCUCAGAUUUCAACAGCCCAGCUCUGACCCUUCACUGUCCUCUUCUGCUGGACGUGUUCUGAAUUCUGUUUUGUUUUUUUUUCUCUGCUGCUUUAAUGUGCUCCAACUGUACUUAGACUGAUUAACAUCACAGCCUCAAGCAAGUAGGAACACAGAACUAAAGAUGGAUAGCAAUCGCAUAAGUCACACUGACAAGGUGGCAAUUGAGCACUUUUCUGUAUCGGGAGUGGUUUGGAGACGGAGCAAGCAGUAAAUUCCUAUUACUUACAUCUGAGCUGUGUGGGAGCAUUUCCCUCCUUUGAAUUCACGUGUAGAGCAUGGCCCUGUCCAAAGGCCUCUAACUAAAACAAAUUCCGAUUUUCAUUGGCAUUAUCCAGCUCAGCUCAGGUCUCACAUUAAAUAUUCAAAUCUUCAUCUUCCACUUUGUUAAAUUUCUCGUCUUUAUCUGAACUGAAGGUUUAUAUGCUCCGUCAUAACCCAAGGAUCGAUUAAAACCCCUUUAGGUCUUGUCAUAAAAGGUUGAAGAAGACGUGAUCAGUGGUUCGACUCUUCUCAUUCAGCAGCAGCAGCAGCAAUAUGCUUUUAGCGGGAAAUAUAGUUUCAGGUGGCUAAACAUCCUAAAACACAGCUUCACAUACUGCGAUUUUCCACUCAAUUCACAAAAUGGCAAUGCAUGUGCUGCCUUACAUGUUUUUUAUGUACAAGUUCUUCUCUUAACCUGAAUGUAAAUUUUUGAUUUAAUUCUUUCUUAAAUCUAAAUCCAGCUCUGCAGAAUUGCCCUCCAUUAGUAUAUCACAUGCUGUGUUAAUGCCUGUUUUGAAACUUUAAUGUUCUGGAGUCUUUUGCUUUUGUAAGAUACUGUACAUAAUAUUGAUCUGCCCAAUGAUCUUCCUUGGUUUUAUACUCUUUAAUCCAUUGUACUAUUUAUUUAUUUGCUUUAUGUUUCAUGUGUUGAGUCAGACAUGUUCCUGGGAGCAUUAGAGGAAUAUACUUUCAUGAGUCUUGUGUUUAUUUGACAGCGUUUGUUUUUCAAAUGAUCUCAAUUGACACAUUUCUCUGAAAAUAAAAUUAAAAAAAAAAACUUAAAAAGAAAAAUUUGCUGUGCUCUUCAGCUUUUUCAUUAAAGCUACAGAUGUGCUCCUGGAAAACCAAAUCUCCCCUGUUACAAUGGUGAGAAGGAAUCCAAAGUGUCUCAUGUUGUACGCAUGUAUAGCUGUUCACAGUCAUUAUGGCUCAAUAAAAAGUA